UGGAAUUGCUGCCUCGGCCUCGGGCCCGUGACCCUAGCGAUACGUAUAGCCCUCCGAAACUGAGCCGAAAAUGGGAGAAUUCAAUGGGAAAGUGGUUCUAAUCACUGGAGCGAGUUCAGGAAUUGGAGCUGAGACAGCUCUCCACUUUGCUGCAGAAGGAGCAGGUCUUGCCUUAGUGGGUCGUGAUGAAGGGAGACUUGAAAAGUCUGCCAAGGACUGCAUGGUUAAAGGCCUAGCAAAGGAUAAGGUUCUUACAAUCAAGGCAGACAUGUGUGUAGAAGACGAUGUGAAGAGGAUUGUGGAAUCAACUAUCACACACUUUGGGAGACUUGAUGUCUUGGUCAAUAAUGCAGGAGGAUCGAUUCCAUGUUUCCUCACAAGUGAAGACUUAAUGAAGAAUUAUGAUCGCAUAGUGAAGCUCAAUGUAAGGUCUGUCAUCCAACUUACCAACCUAGCGACGACUCAUUUGAUUGCAUCCAAAGGAUCUGUGGUGAAUGUUUCCAGUGUUUGUGGAAAGAGAGUGAUGGCCGGAAUGUUACUGCCUUACAACAUAUCAAAGGCUGCCGUUGACCAGUUCACUAGAUGUGCUGCUUUAGAAUUGGCUUCCAAGGGAGUUCGAGUGAAUGCAGUAAACCCUGGUACUAUUAUGACCCCUAUUAAGCUGAAGUAUGGAAAAUCAGAGGAGGAAGUUCGUGAGCGAGCAAGUAAGACUCACCCAAUGGGCAGAGCAGGAGAAUCGAAUGAGGUGGCACCUGCCAUCAAGUUCCUUGCAUCCAACGUGGCGUCCUUCAUCACUGGAGAAACACUGUCAAUAGAUGGCGGCAGACACGUUGGAUGUGCACGAUAAUAACCAUUUGGCCCAUGAUUUUCUCAAUUCUUGAAUAUCUUGAAUUUUGUUUCGUAUUUUUUUUAAAUGGGUGUAGAUGUUAUAUUUUGAGGUACAAAAUUAAAAAUUGAAUUGUAGCUA